AUGGAAGUGUUUACAUAUUUGAGGCGUAUUUCAAGCCUUCAAAUCCUUUCAAAAUUUGUUCUAGGGAUGGAAUCCUAUACACCGAAAUUACUUAAAUAUGUAUCACUAAGGGCCUUAAAUUUGGAAAAUCAAAAUAAAUCAAACACUAAAAUUCAAUCGGAAGACUUGAAUAAAAUUUUAAAAGUAGUUAAAAGUCAGAUUUUAAGGGUUGAUUCCAGUGAAUGGACCCCUUCAGAAGUCGUUUCAGUCAUGAGUUUUCUGGCAUCACUGGAAUCUAAUCUUGAUGAAAAAAUAACUUUAUUUUUAACUAACAAAUUAAGGAAUUUGGAUCAGUUUAAUCUCUAUGAUAUGGUUCAAAUUCUUAAAUCCCAAAAAAAACUUAAAAUUCCGGUAGAUGCACAGAUCCUUUUAUCGCACAUUAGAAAUAAUAUAAAUGCCCUCUUGAAAACCUGUUCCGUUCCUAAUAUUUAUUCUCUACUAAACGCUCUUUUGGAUCAUAACUUGACUCUUGAUUUGUCCACACUUGUGAGUAUUUUUCAACACCUUGAAGACUCAAAUAUAGUUAAUCAACUGAAUUUUAAGGACAUAACAAACCUUUACAAUUCAGUUUCAAGACAUGUUAAACUUGCUAAAACUGAACAAGAUCACCAUUCUGAACAAGAUCGUGAGCUAAAUUUAGAACACUAUCAUAAGGUCGAAUCAUUUCUAAAAAUCUUGUAUAGUAAUGUGUUGAACUUAAUUUCUUCUGGAGAAGACGAUUUUGAGGGAGUUGUGGACGUUAUUGAUUCCUUAGUCAAUUCCAAUUCAAGACAUAUCGAUCCUGAUAGUUAUUCUGAACUUGUUCAGAACUCCAAAACACUCUUCAACAGGGCUAAAUAUCAUCUCAAAAAUAAUUUACACAAUAAUAACUCAGUUAAUCUAACAAAGGGAAUUACGCCUAAACACGUUAAAGUGUUAUUGAGGAAUAUGGUAGCUCUGAACUGGAAUGACCCGGAAUUAAUUCAACUAGUCUUGUCAAAUUACAAUGAAACAUAUACACAGUGGAGUCUUCAAGGAAAUGUUGAUAUUUUAAGGGCUGUAGUUUAUUUCGGAAUUUACACCGGAUUUCCAAUAGAAAAGUGGAUGAAAUGUGUAAAUAAAUUCUCAAAAAUUAUGACUCCUGGUUACUUAAACGAAAUUUUCAUACUAUUGGCAAUGUAUAACAGUAUCCACAAAUGUGAAGAUUUUAUUGAUUUUUUCAUUCAAAGCCAUUUAAUAGGGGAGGAUGAGUUAAUGAUUGGAUUCCUAAUUCUCUUACACACUGAGGAAUCUGCACUUAAUAAAUUAUCUCUAGAAUCGUUGAAAAAAUUAAAUGGUCUUGAUUUUAGGUUAUUUUCGCCUAAUUUGUACAUUUUAAGUAAGGAUUCUAAAAAUGUUGGAAAGGUGGUUCAGGAACUUUACGACAAAUUUACCUUUAGUCAUUUGAAUUUAAAUUUAGUAAAUUUUUGUAAAUUCGUUCUGAAAUAA